ACUGGCAGGAUUUCCAUGCGUGAAUUUACAACCGCACAGAGCGUUGCAUCAGCACGAGAUUGGAAGUGCGUCAAAUCUGUACAGCAUUGUUACGUCAUCACUGAUAAACGUUGAAACUGAUGAGAAACCGCGGGAGCAGUUCAGUCUGAUUCUCGCUAGUGCUGGAGGAGCGUUCAUUUUGGCAAGGAAAUGUACUGAUUUUGCAAGGACAUGGAGAAUAAAGAGUUCAAGGAGUCAGAGGUCAGUGGGAAUGACCUCACCCUCAUAGACCUGGAUGACCCCAUCAAUGACGGUGAUGUUAUGAAGGAAGACAGAUCUGAUAAAGAUCACAGAGAGGUUGAGAGACAGACCACGUUGGAAGAGGCUGUUCUAGAGACAGAUAUCCAAACUCUGUCACUAGAGGCUGAAGGAGAGAUUGAGAUGCAGGAGGCUGAUCUGAAGACAGAUGGCACGUCUCAGUCACAGGAGGUUGAAGGAGAGAGUGAGUUGGACGAUGCUGUUGCCAUCCCACCUCAGUCACAGGAGGUUGAAGGAGAGAGUGAGUUGGACGAUGCUGUUGCCAUCCCACCUCAGUCACAGGAGGUUGAAGGAGAGAUUGAGUUGGACGAUGCUGUUGCCAUCCCACCUCAGUCACAGGAGGUUGAAGGAGAGAGUGAGUUGGACGAUGCUGUUGCCAUCCCACCUCAGUCACAGGAGGUUGAAGGAGAGAGUGAGUUGGACGAUGCUGUUGCCAUCCCACCUCAGUCACAGGAGGUUGAAGGAGAGAGUGAGUUGGACGAUGCUGUUGCCAUCCCACCUCAGUCACAGGAGGUUGAAGGAGAGAGUGAGUUGGACGAUGCUGUUGCCAUCCCACCUCAGUCACAGGAGGUUGAAGGAGAGAGUGAGUUGGACGAUGCUGUUGCCAUCCCAUCUCAGUCACAGGAGGUUGAAGGAGAGAGUGAGUUGGACGAUGCUGUUGCCAUCCCACCUCAGUCACAGGAGGUUGAAGGAGAGAGUGAGUUGGACGAUGCUGUUGCCAUCCCAUCUCAGUCACAGGAGGAGGCCAAAGGUGAGAGUGAGUUGAAUCAGGUUGAUCUGAAGACAGCCACAUCAACUCUGACACUGGAGGUCGAAGGAGAGAGUGCGAUGCAGGAGAGUGAUGAUCUACAAACAGCCGGGACAUCUCAAUCCCAAGAGACUGAACGAGUGGCAAAGGCUGCAGUGGUGACCUUCACUAGCGUGACCCGCAAGGCUGCAGCCUCCCAGACCAGCCUCACCCUCAGCAGGGGAAAGAGAAGCUACCCAGACCUACACACCUUUGUGCAGGACAUGAAGGAUGGCCAUUGGAAUCUGCUGAGUGAGAAUAUGCGUGCCGGGGUGAGUUAUAGUCACUUCUAAAGUAGUUCAUGUUGGUAAGUUGGACCAAACAUUCCAAACUCUUAUUGGUGGAAAUC